AUGCAUACCCUCAACUUGGUAACGUCUCUAGCGGCCUCUGUCGGUCUGGCCAGCGCUUCGUCGGUCCUUCUACAGGGUGGCACUAUCGUCGGCUUCGAUGACCAGACCAACUCGCUCAACGUCGUCCGCAAUGGCUCCCUCCUCAUCACCGACGACCGUAUCACGGCUAUCUACACCGCCGAGGAGGCUGCGAAUCAGCCCGUCAGUGGUAACGAGACGCAGGUUGUGGACGUGACCAACAAGAUUAUCACUCCCGGCUUCGUCGACACUCAUCGCCAUGGAUGGCAGACUGCCUUCAAGACCAUCGGUUCUAACACGUCCCUCGCUGAGUACUUCACCCGCUAUGGAGAAUAUGCCGCUGCUGGUCUUCUCAGUGCCGACGAUGUAUACAUCGGCCAGUUGACAGGGCUUUAUGAGGCUCUCAAUGCUGGUGUCACUACCACCCUCGACCACGCUCAUCACACAUGGUCCAACGCUACUGCAGAGGCUGGACUGAAGGGCAGCAUCGACAGCGGUGCAAGAGUCUUCUGGUCUUACGCUUUCCAUAACGUUACCAAUUACACAGUCUCUGAGCAGCUUGCGAACUUCAGAGACAUCGCAACUAGGGCCGAGUUUGAUGGGUCUGCCACAAGCCUUGGUGUUGCCUGCGACUUCUUCGGUCCCGACCCGGUCCUUGACCAGGUCAAUGCUGUCGUCGACCUUGCCAAGGAGUUCAACGUCUCGGUCAUUACAACUCACAGUCUUCAAGGGCCUUGGGGCAUUACCAACAGCCCUGAGGACCUGCAUGCAGUCGGUGCCCUCAACACCAGCAUCCCCGUCGUCUUCUCGCACGCCUCAUUUUUGACCUACCGCGGCGCCUCUCUCCUCCGUUCCACAAACCAGUACAUCUCCAUCACCCCAGAAUCCGAGAUGCACUACGGCCACACCCACCCCAACAGCCACCUGAUUCAGGACCAAGCCGCGAUCGGCGUCGACACCCACUUCACCUUCUCCACCGACAUCCUCACCCAGGCUCGUCUCUGGUUGCAGAGCACCCGCCGCUUACUCUACCAGCAGGUCCUGGCCCACUGGAAGAUCCCCACCUCCACUCCCAUGACGGCCAACCAAGCAUUCCUCAUGGCCACCCGCAACGGCGGCCUCGCCCUGCGCCGUCCCGACCUGGGCGUCAUCGCUAAGGGGGCCAAGGCCGAUGUUGUCGUCUGGGAUGGCGAGAGUCCUGCGCUUCUUGGCUGGAUCGACCCCGUCGCUGCAGUGAUUCUUCACGCCAGCGUUGGUGACAUCCAGCAUGUUCUCGUUGACGGAAAGUUUGUGAAGAAGAACCGCGAGCUGGUGGCUGCCAACUACUCUAGUGUUCGUACAGAGUUCUUGAAGAGCGCACGCAAGAUCCAGGAUACUUGGAGGAAUAUCCCAUUCGAGGCUCUGGACGGGGCUUUCAGCGCGUCUGGUGCUGCUUAUGAAGCUCCACUUGAGGUUGAUGUUCUCACUGGUGAGCAGUCAGGAUACGGAACGACGACAUAA